CGCUCGGCUGCCGCCGCCUGGUCCCGAGGCUGGGCCCUGGUGCUGAUGUUGGUAGGCGGCGCGAGCUGGGCCCGCGUUGCCUGCUCGCCGCGGCGCUCGGGGCUCCCGCGAUGAUGGCGGAGCAGGUGAAAUGCGCCUCGCCCGUGGCGGGCUCCGGCGCGGGCUCCGGGCCGGUGGUGAACGCCGAGCUGGAGGUGAAGAAGCUGCAGGAGCUAGUGCGCAAGCUGGAGAAGCAGAACGAGCAGCUGCGCAGCCGGGCGGCCAGUGCGGCAGCCGCCCCGCACCUGCUGCUGCUGCCGCCGCCGCCGCCCUCCGCGCCGCCGCCGGCCGGGGCCUGCAGCCCGCUCACCCCGCACAGGGCCCCGGCCGGCACGACCUCCUCGAGCCCGGGCGCGCUGGGCCCCGCGUUCCCGGGCACCUACUGCUUGCCCAGCCCCGCGCCCUCCCUGCUCUGCAGCCUGCCGCCCGCAGACGCGCCCUUCGUCUACUCCAAGCCGGCGGCGGGCUUCUUCGGUGGGGGUGGCAGCCCGGAACCGGGGACCCCGGGGACCCCGCCGCCGCCGCCCGGGGAAGCCCCCGCGCCGCCCUUGCUGCCUCCAACGCUGCUGGACGAGGUGGAGCCGCUGGACCUGGAGAGCCUGGCCGCCUGGAGCGAGGAGGACGACUGCACCUGGUUAUAUAUUGUCUCUUCAAAGACCUUCCCCUCACCAGAGAAGUCCCUGAGUCCUUUGCAGUGGUGUAGACACGUCCUAGAUAACCCAACUCCUGAGAUGGAAGCAGCCAGACGCUCCCUGCGCUUCAGGCUGGAGCAAGCGAGCCGAUGGCGGAGCCUCUUCUCUUCACCUGCCUCCCUGGCUUUUCCCUAUAGUCCUGUUGCAAGACUCAGGCCUUAUAGCAAUGGCAUUAGCACUCCCAGCUCCUCUAAAACCUCCAACAAAGCAAUACUAACACCCGAAAGAACAGGUUACACCUCCAGGGGUUCCCCUCUUAGUCCCCAAUCGUCCAUUGACAGUGAGCUGAGUACUUCAGAGUUGGAAGACGAUUCUAUAUCCAUGGGAUAUAAGUUACAGGACCUCACUGAUGUUCAGAUCAUGGCUCGUCUGCAAGAAGAGAGUCUCAGGCAAGACUAUGCCUCCACUUCAGCCUCCGUGUCCAGACACAGUUCCAGUGUGUCGCUGAGUUCUGGAAAGAAAGGGACAUGUAGUGAUCAAGAAUAUGACCGCUACAGCCUGGAGGAUGAGGAAGAAUUUGAUCAUUUGCCACCACCUCAGCCUCGUCUUCCGAGGUGUUCACCUUUCCAAAGAGGAAUUCCCCAUUCACAGACUUUCUCCAGCAUUCGAGAUUGUAGGAGGAGCCCCAGUUCCCAGUAUUUCCCUUCAAAUAGUUUCCAGCAGCCACAGUAUUCACCUCAAGCCCAAACGCCAGAUCAGCAACCAAACAGGACCAAUGGAGACAAGCUACGAAGAAGCCUGCCUAACCUAGCCCGCACGCCAAGCAGUGCUGUGGGCGGCAGCAGCAGCCUUAGCUCCUCCAUGACGGUGAGGGGCAGCCAGAGUUUCGACUCAAGCUUGCACGGAGCUGGAGGUGGGAUUUCAAGGGGGCCAUCCUGCAUCCCAUCACCAGGACAGAUUCAACACCGAGUUCACAGUGUGGGGCAUUUCCCGGUGCCUGUCCGGCAGCCUGUGAAAGCCACAGCCUAUGUGAGUCCAACCGUUCAAGGCGGCGGCAGCAGCAGCAGCAGCAGCAGCAGCAUGCCUUUAUCCAAUGGCCUGCAGGUAUAUGGCGGCACAGGAAUCCCUACUCCCAACAAAGCUGCAGCUUCUGGGAUCAUGGGCCGCAGUGCCCUUCCGAGACCUUCACUGGCAAUAAAUGGGAGCAACCUGCCUCGGAGCAAAAUUGCACAACCUGUCAGAAGUUUCCUGCAACCUCCAAAACCCCUGUCUUCACUCAGCACACUGAGGGAUGGGAACUGGAGAGAUGGUUGCUACUGAUACAGUUUUAUGGACCCUUGAAGAAUGAGAACGUGAAAAUGAGGGUUGUGUUACCCAGCUGGCUGGGUAACAGUGGAUGCUGGGAUAUUCUUUCCCUUUCCCAUUUUAACACGUGUACUGCAUUGUUUUCCAGUGGACCAAUCACCAGAGACUAAAGAUUGCACUUCCUCUCUGCCUGAGAUGCUGCAGCAUUCUCAAACCCAUGGCUGCAGCAUCGCUCCACUUAGAUCUAGGAAGUUUUUGUAUACCUGCUCUGUACCUGAAUAUUAUUUGAGAGAAUUAAGAUGAAUCAAUAAUGCUUUGCCAUAUGAGGUUUUUAAAGUACCUUGUUCAUUUUACUUACAUGUUCUAAACAUCUUUCCAUUACAUGUUCUGCAUUUUAAUACAUUGCAUAUUUACAACUAGGUUCUAUAACAUGGUUUGAAUUUUAAUUUUUUAUAGUUUACAGGAAUUUUAUUUUUUUGUGCCUAUUUCUUUUUAUGCCUAUGUGAACCACUAUGGAACAACUUAAAUUUUGUGCCAUAAAAAUAUUUUUGUGGUAAGGUACUAUUUUUUUAGCUCUAGGGAAUAUAACAGCAAAAAUGCACCAUACAAUUUGAGACUUAAUUUUACGUUGAAUGAGCACAAUUUAAUCUAAAGCAUUGCGAGGAGACAGCCAGACGGUGGAGUUAAACAGUCUUGUCUUUUUCAUUGUUAAUUUAUUGUCUUUACAUGAGUUUCAUAUUUAUGAUGAUAUCACAAGCACAUUGCACUUAAGACCUGCAAUGUUUGCUACUCAACCACAAUUGAUUUUCAAUCCUUUAUUACAAAGGAUGAAACUGUAAUGUUUUAUUAACAGUGCUUCUGGAAAUGAAUGCAUUUUAAAGCAAAUAAAUCUUUUUGAUAGACCUUUUACAAAAGCCAUUUGCACUAAUGAAUGCUUUCUUAUGGUCUGUGACUUACUAUUUGUUACCGUGUACACUGCUGUUUUGGAAUGUUGAGAAAUAAAGACUCUAUUUCAGCAAUA